CAGGGGCCCUGAGGUUCAAGAUGGACAGAAACAAUGUUAACUAUUUUAUAUCCCUUGGACCAGGUUUUUGUACCUUUUGUUUUUUAACAGCAUCAGAAAACAUCCUGCAUCUUAUUUAUAUAAGGCACACGUUUGAAAAAUGAUCAAAAGAUUUCUAUAGACUUUCUUUUUUUCCUGCAGCGCUCCUCUGUAGGUCACAGGAAGAAAAAUGUAAUAAUUUAAAGGUGCAACAUCACAUUUACUGAACUUAGCUUUAUAUUGUCACCCAUGUCCCAUUUGUUACCAAGGAGGAGGCUGAGUUUGGGACCUAUAAUGCAGCCAACCACAAGGGGGCAAUCUAGAUGUUUUGGCUCCACUUUUGUGGCACUUUCAUGUCAAUUAUCUUUGUAUACAGUCAAAUGAACCGACCCAAGGUGAAACUAUGCCUGUGAGAAUGUGUAAAAGUUGGAGAUUAACUGAAACCUUUACCUGGCUCUACCUCUGGUCAAAGUCGUCCUGCCUUUUAUAAAACAAACAUAUCGAACCCUCAAGUUUCUCUAGUUUCAAAGUAAACAGUUUUUUCCGUCCUGCAGACGACAGAAUCAUAAAGCGCCAUAAACGGAGAGUAGAUAGAGCUUUUCCUGUGAAUCAGAGUGUGUGCUAAGACUUUGAGUUAAAUAUUAACAGACGUGCUGACCUCCUGCUUCACCUGACUACACCUGAACUUCACAUCUACUCUCUGUUGUCAGUGUUGAAACUUUGACUCAACGAGUGAAGAUCCACGUUUUCUCCUGUGGCGUUUUUUAUCACUGUUUUUAUUCAGCAGCAGUGAUGGAGAGACUCUCCGCGCUGAUUUCCUGUUUGUUACUGACAGUCGGAGCGUCAUCGGCUCAGACAGAUUUUGUGAAGCCCGUCGAGCGUCUCCUGCCUCAGUGGCUCACCGGACUCAUCGCUGUAGUCGGAUUCCUGUUCCUUACCUUCGUCCUCUUCCUGGUGAACAGGGCGUGGUGCGACAAGUCUGACAGAAGGAGCACUUCAGCUGAGGCAGUGAUAGAAAAUGACAUUAUGACUGAAGAAAACACGUAUGAGACGAGUAUGGACCUGGUCAGGAGGAAGUCAGGGGAGUCAGAGACAGGAAACACGUACCAGACCACUCUGGACCUGGUCAGGAGGAAGUCAGGGGAGUCAGAGACAGGAAACACGUACCAGACCACUCUGGACCUGGUCAGGAACAAAGAUGAAGUGAACACGUUUUAUAACCAGGGGUUUGACAGCUAUGAAGAAAAGGUGACCUCCAUGUGACCGUCCUGCAGCAAUCCUAUCGGCUGACAUCCUCUCCAGCUCCAGACAGAGACAUGAAACACCCUCACUGAAGAGCGUCAUCUUUGUUCUACCUUUAAUCUUAGGUUGAUAAAGCUGACUGUCAGAAACCUUUCACUUUAUAUUUACUCAAAAAUAUCUUCUUUAAAUGUUUGUUUCUGUUAUUUAUCUUCAAACGCUACAAAAUCACACACAUAUAUAUAUAUAUAUAUAACAUCUGUAAAAAGUUUGUGAUCAUUAAUAAUCUUUAAUUUGUAAAGUAGAUGGAUAUCAGUGUGUUUGUCUGACAUGUCUCCCCCUGUCAGAGAUUCAGAUCAGUGACCAUCACGAGCUCAGGUGUCUGUCAGGUGAUCUGUGGGCUGAUUAAUAAUUUAUCUUUUCCAACAAUCUGCUGAGUCAACUCUCAUUACCGAUCGUUAAAAACAGACUUGUAAAUUAAUAAUUAAACAAAACAAACUAUGAGA